AUGGCCGGCGUCAACUCCCUGCGCGGGGUGUUGUCCUACCUGCAGGUCCAGAUCAAGGAGGACGACAGGAGCAGCCGCACCUAUACACCCAACAGCGCCUCCACCCUCCGGGCCAUUCUCGAGAGGGAGGCCAUGCGCAACCUCUACUGCAGGCACACCAAGGCCAGCGUCGGCACCGAGUACACCCUGCCUGGCGUCGACGAGGAGGUCAUCUUGAUCAGGCACACGGAGGUGGAAAAGGCCCUGUACGAGGUGGCGCGAGUGGAGGGUCGCGACAAGGAGAUGUUCCAGCUGUGCAGCCACCCCCAGAUCUCCAACAACCAGUGCAGGCACAUGGACCUGGACGACAUCUUCCAGCAGGUCCUGAAACACAAGCUCGAGCAGAUCAAGGACGCGGAGAAAGAGUUGGAAGAGACCGUGACCGACCUCGCAAAGCACCAGCGUAGGCUCAAGCAAAUCCAGGUCGAGUUCGAAGCCGAGGUGAGGAAGGAUCCCAACUGGAAGCCCAGCCGCACGCAGAACGACCGCAAGCGGGGCAUGGAGCUCACCAUCCGCCGGGAGGGCAAGGCCAUCACCAAGCUCGAGAAGGACCUCGUGGCCUACCGCAAGUCGCUCGACGUGCUGGCGCAGAUGAACCGCAAGCAGGGCUCCACCGCCGCGGCCUCCACGUCGUCCGACGCGAUGGACGAGGAACAACGCGAUGCGGCGGCCGACAAGCAGGUCUCUGCGGUGCCCAACGCGCGCUUCAUGUCGUCGGAUGAGGUCGACGAGUCGCUGGUCCAGCGCUACGGCUCCAAGAUGGCGCACCUCUUCGUGUACGUCAAGGAGCUGGUCGAGAACGAUGACAGCAACCGCGUCAUCAUCUUCUCGCAGUGGGACAAGAUGCUGGGUCACGUCGGCGAGAUCUUGGAGGACAACGGCAUCGCCACCGUGUCCUGCCGGGGCAAUGUGUACCAGCGCAACAAGGCCAUCAGCGCCUUCCAGAACGCCGACGCGUCGGAGGACCAGCCCCGCGUUCUCAUGCUCUCCCUGGUUCGUGUUCUCUCCUCUCUCUCCCCCAAUGCGAGAAAGGUGGGCCUGAGGUGA